CGCCGCCGGAAGCCAUUAGCCACAAGUGGAAGCUGGUUGGCUACUCUCUCACAAGCAGCUGCGCCAUCCUUCCUUUGUCCAUUGACGAAAAGAUACCGGACGAUUUUUCCAGCCGUGUCGCUUACUCCACUCGCGGCGAAUACUCUGCCGUCCCAGUUAGCCGCGUUUCUUUUUGUUGGUUUUGAGAGGGAGCGUGCUAACCAACGCAGCUAGCGAGCCUAGCCACACGAGCAUGAGCCUUACGAAUGCCAAGAACAAGUCUGAGUCCGCCUUAGAGUCAAGCCCAGCGCAGAAGAAAAGCAAAAUGGAAGACAGCAAGUACCUCCCGGAGCUCCUGGCAGAAAAAGACAGCUUGGAUUCGUCGUUCACGCACGCAAUGAAGCUCAUUUCAGCAGAGAUCGAGAGGAUCCAGAAAGGUGAGACUAAGAAAGAGACCGACAAAGAGACGUACCUGGACCUGUUCGCCACCAGGAACCUCAAACUCAAAGAGCGGGUGCUCAUUCCCACCAAGCAGUACCCAAGGGUCAACUUUGUUGGUAAGAUUCUGGGACCUCAAGGCAACACAAUCAAGAGACUCCAAGAGGAGACUGGCGCCAAGAUCUCGGUUCUUGGAAAAGGUUCCAUGAGGGACAAGAACAAGGAGGAGGAGCUGAGGAAAGGCGGAGAGGCUAAAUAUGCUCACCUGGCUAUGGAGCUGCAUGUGUUCAUCGAAGUGACUGCACCCAUACCAGAGGCCUACUUGCGCAUGGCUCACGCCAUGGAGGAGGUCAAGAAGUUCCUUAUCCCUGAGCCUGGUGAGCAGGAGCAGUUCAUGGAUCCUCACUUCCUGAAUGGUGCCCAGGAUGGUUCAGGCAGGGGGCGGGGUGGCCCUCCAGGCAGGGGUAGAGGUGGACCACACAAUGCUGGGGGACCUAGGGGGCGUGGAAUGCCACGUGGGGCCCCUCGCGGAGCACCCCGUGGUGGAGCUCCACGGGGAGGAAUGGGCAGGGGCGGUGCACCUAGAGGAGCUCCAUCUGGCAGGGGUGGACUUCCUUCUGCGCCUUCCAGAGGUGGUGCAGCUCCUCGCUCUAGGCCCCCUACAGCAGGAGCACCAAGGAUGCUCCCUGCACAGGCCUUGUCCCAUCAGCAGCUUGCUCCCCCUCCUUCAUCACAAGCCAAACCUGACGGCUAUGAGGAAUAUCCUCCUUAUGAAGACUCCUACUCAGAGCCUGCCUAUGAGGGAUAUGAUAGUUACUACAGUCAACAACCUGCACCCGCGGAUACUGAGUACUAUGAUUACGGCCACGGAGAACCACAGGAGCCGUCAUAUGAACCUUACAAUCAAGAUGACUGGGAUAGUGCAUGGUCCGGCACGGGGUCUGGAGGGAAAGCCCCCCCAUCAAGGUUGUCAGAACUGUCUAGUUGCAGAUGUGACAUUGAACGCCAGUUUGCAAGUCCUCAUGGACCCGUCCACUGAAAAGGCACUGGAGGCAGUGAAGGCAGUGUCUUGGAGUGUCUCUAAGACUUACAGCUGCCGGAUAUCCCACCAGUUCUUAUCACUGAAGAAAACUCUGGAAACCAUGUAGACUGAACUUGUUCCACCGCUAAUUACCAUCGGUCCGCUUUGUGGAGAUCCUGUCAUUUUGGUAGUGAAAGUACAAAAGUGUUUUUAAAGAUGGUGUACUGUGCUUCAGUAUGGUACUCAGAACUGAAGGAGCUAUCUCCUUUGUGAAAUGUAUGUUACCUGUUUUUAUAGUAGGCUUUUAUAUUUUUGAAGAUUUUCCCUCAUGAAAUUGGAAAAUAAAAUUUUGAUAUUCAAAAUA